UGACCCUCCCGCGGUCAGCUGUGUCGUGAGUUGUGUGUUCCUCUCCUGGAUUUUCACCUUCGUUCCAUAAGUGCUUUAUGAGUUGUUUCGGUUAUCCAAUUGCAACUUUCUAUCGUUAAUUUCAAUUGCGUAUUAUUCAAUCGUGUUUCAAAAAUGGCUGUGUCGGCACUCAACAUGCCUCCCUACUUUACUGGCUAUCCGUUUCAAGGCCAGGGUCGCGUAAACCAGCUGGGCGGUGUGUUCAUAAACGGGCGUCCGCUGCCCAACCACAUCCGGCUGAAGAUCGUUGAGAUGGCGGCGGCCGGCGUGCGACCGUGUGUCAUAUCGCGACAGCUUCGCGUGUCGCACGGAUGCGUGUCCAAGAUCCUGAAUCGCUAUCAGGAGACGGGCAGCAUCCGGCCCGGAGUCAUUGGCGGAAGCAAGCCGCGUGUCGCCACGCCCGACGUCGAGCGACGCAUAGAAGAGUACAAAAAGGCCAACCCUGGGAUAUUCUCCUGGGAAAUACGCGAGCGCUUGGUCAAGCAGGAAGGGAUCUGCGACACGAAUUCAGCGCCGUCAGUGAGCUCCAUCAGCCGACUGGUGCGCGGCACGCGGCGCGAGGACUCCGAUCCACGCAAGAACCACUCCAUCAAUGGAAUUCUUGACGACUGUGUUUCAGGUGGAGCCAGCGACGGAGAGGAGAGUGACACGGAAUCAGAGCCUGGCAUUCCGUUGAAACGAAAACAGCGCCGAAGCCGGACCACGUUCACCGGAGACCAGCUCGAGGAACUCGAACGAGCCUUCCAGAGAACGCAAUAUCCCGAUGUUUACACCAGGGAAGAACUCGCUCAAAAGACCAAGCUGACGGAAGCAAGAGUGCAAGUGUGGUUCAGCAAUAGGCGGGCGCGGCUUCGGAAGCAGCUCAACAGUCAGCAGACACUCAACGCCUUCAAUUCGAUGUCCCUUCAGGGCGCUUUCCCGGCGCACACGCAGUACGAUCCCAGCGCCAACUUCAACGCACAGAGUCACAGUUCAGCCUGGCAACAAGGCUACAACACACUGGGCGGAUACGGCAGCGCAAGCAACACCGCUGCAGCCAGUGAGGCCCAAUACUACCAGAGUCAACAAUGUGCACAAGCCACGCCGUGGACAAGGCAUCAUCAGCCUCCACCCAACAGUAAACCACACGCACCUGAGCUGCCUUGGCCCGAUAAUUACAGUUUGUUUUCGAGUGGAGCUGGUCAAGUAUACGGUCCUCCCAGCAAUCUGACCCCUCACUCACCAUCUGAGGCGAAGUCUGGCUACCCCUACUUUGGACAAUUGAGUGGCAUGGAAGCUGGAAUCUGUGGAAGAGUUCAUUGACAAUAUCCACUGUGAUAUACAAAUUUUACUAAAAUGCUAACUGAAUCUUGAUGUUUACAUAUUUGUUUAGGGCUAACGCCUGUUUACUCUUUCCACUAAUGUAAUACUUGAAAAAAAAAACGAUAUAUUUGUAAUAUUCAAAGCCAGAAACAGAACUAACAAUCAAUUAUGAUUGAACACAUAUGAUGGCAUGAAGGUCUCAGGAAAAUGCUUUAUAGAUUGCUUCCAAUUUACAAAAUAUUUAAGAUAUCAUUGAUGUAAUGUAGAGAAAAUAGAAAUGUGUUGCCUU